AUGACACUUGCAACUCAUUUCAAGCUUAACUCUGACACCCAAAUUCCCGCCGUGGGUCUCGGGACAUGGAGAUCUGAACCAGGUCAGGUCCGCCAGUCAGUCGCGUUUGCGCUCAAGAACGGAUAUAGUCACAUUGACGCCGCAUUGAUCUACGGAAAUGAGCACGAAGUCGGUCAGGGCAUCAAGGACAGUGGUGUUCCUCGCGAAAACAUCUUCAUCACCAGCAAGCUUUGGAACACCGAUCAUCCCAAUGUCGCCGCGGGUCUCCAAAAGACACUUGACGCCCUAGGCACCGACUACCUCGAUUUAUACCUCAUUCACUGGCCAGUCCGACUUGUUCCCAAUGAGUCCCACGCGCUUCUUCCAGUCAACCCAGAUGGCACACGAUCGGUAGAUCGAUCUUGGGACCAGGGUGAGACAUGGCGCCAGAUGGAGGAGGUAUACAAUUCCGGCAAAGUCAAGGCGAUUGGCGUGGCCAAUUGGUCCAUUCCCUAUCUAAAGGAGCUCAAGAAGAGUUGGACUGUUGUCCCUGCGGUCAACCAAGUUGAGCUCCACCCCUUCCUGCCUCAGCACGCACUGAAGAAGUGGUGUGACGAACAUGGAAUUCUCCUCGAGGCGUACUCGCCCCUUGGUUCUGAAGGUGCUCCGCUCAUGUCUGAUCCCGCGAUCCAGGAGAUUGCCAAGAGAAAUGAUACUUCACCCGCCACAGUACUUAUCAGCUACCACGUUAACAGGGGAACUGUUGUACUGCCCAAGUCUAUUAAAGAAAGCCGUAUUGUCAGUAACAGUCAAGUCAUUCCUCUCUCAUCUGAGGAUAUGGAUUUACUGAACGGUCUGGCUGCGCAGGGAAAAGCGAAGCGUAUCAAUACUCCUCUAUUUGGAUGGGAUCUCGGUUUCGAUGACUGGUACAAGCAGUAA